AGAAAUGGGAGACAUACCGAAUUCAACGUCGAUGAGUACCACCAGUCAUCAACAGUCAUGGAACCUUAAUGGAGAUGCGGAGGAAAUACAACUGUACGAGACACAGUAUCCAAUCUCCGAAUGGGACCAAAAUCUAGAUUUGUUGCUGGAUGAGCUCCAGGAGAGUGUGUCGUCACCUCAACAAGCAAAAGGCAGGAAUCAAAUUACAACGCUCCCUACAAUCCCUGCAUCGCAACGCCAAUCACAAAAGAAAUCCGUCAGCUCUAGCACCAAGGUUCUCAGUAGCAGUCAAUUUCUUGCCUUGGCGGAAGAAGCCCUUCGGCAAACGACCAUUGCUCGUCGUUUACUCGAGUCCAUCGCUGAUGAACCGACAGCUUGUAGUUGCUCCACGGCUUGUAGUUGUUGGUAUAUACUGUACGUAAUUCGUUGA